AUGGCGGACACCGCGGGCCGACCGGCGGCAUCUGCCUCAGCUACACGUCCCUUGUCACAGAGGGAGACAGAGACACGCGAUAUCUCCUCCAAGCCUGUGGACCUGGUGGCCGCUCGCCGGAUGUACGCCAAGACGGCGAACCUCAUCAUGCUCUGGAAGCACAUUUACGCUCGUUGGACGCCCGAGGAGCGCCAGGCCUUCCACUAUCCUCAUUGCAAGAUGGGCGAGAUACAGCGAUUCCUCGAGGGGGCGCCUGACACCUGGAAGGCGGUCGAGUACAAUUCCUUAGCCGUCUCGGACACCCACCUGCAUGCCCAGCUCGAGUCAAAGACGGCGAGGUUUGGGGAGGUCGCCCUUUUCAUUACGAGAACUUCCGAGCUGCCACGUGCCACCCGAAUGUGGGCAGACCUCGAAAGCAUAGAGUGUAGGGUGUUUGAUGAGGACAUGUCUGCCCAGUUGGCGGCGAUUGAGAAUAGUCGCUUGAGCGCCGAGGACGUCAAGAAUGCUCUGUUCUCAAGCCGGCUCUUGCGCGAUUUGCCCACGACGACAGAGGGGUGGCUGGACAUUACGAGAGAAGCUGAUUUGGAGAUCUUAGCAAUCCGCCGCCAGCUAAAUCGUUCGCACUGCGAGAUCGAGCGCCUCAACAACACCAUUUCAAAGAUGCCCAACGCGGACGCGGAAGGGGCGGCCGAACGCAAGAAGGCAGCGGAUGAGAAUCGCCACCUGCAAACGCGCCUACGUAUUGCGCUCAAGGAGAUCGAGGGCAUCAAAGAUGCCGCAUUGAGGAUGCCCACGAAGGAUAAGGAAGCCGCGGGCGAGCGCAAGAACGCCACCGACGAGGGUUCGACGCUCUCGGACUUGCGUAACGCAAAGGCGGACAACACGACGGCGUUGGGCUGGUUCGAUGACCUCAACGACGCCAUGUCGGUAACGGAGAUUAAGGAGAAGCUGCUUGAAACGGAAAAGGACUGGGAACUAAAGUACACCAGCAUGCUGGAGGAGGUGAAUCUGUAUAAUGACCUGUACAGGAACCAGAUCAACUCCCUCGAAAAGUCCAGGGCCGAAGCCCGGCAGUGGGAGCAUGGCCACGAUCUCCAGGUCCAAGAGGCGAAGCGCUGGCAGACAAAGUACGAGGCCGAGGCCGAAAAGGCCUCCAAUUACCAGGCUGAGGCCGGAAAGGCCUUCAAGUACCAGACCGUACAACACCUCGCCGAGGGCCAGGUGAAGCGUUUGGAGGCAGCACUCAAGGUGGCUACCGGCGAUUUGAACCGAUCGAACGCACAGUUGGAGGAAUACAGGGCCAAGGAUGAAGCCGCCAGGGCGGGCUCGUCUUCAUCCCAGAGACCCGAGACCAACCCCGCUCCGCGCUCGGAACCCAACUUGGCCAAGGCUUGGACUCGGCCGCGGCCCCCCCAAAUAAACGCUUAUCAACGACCCACCAAUCCUCCCGGAGCACGCCAGGGGCGCAGUGCAGGAGGGCACCCGGGAACCAGUGCAGGAGGGCGUCAUCAUCCGAACAACAUUCCGGGGACGACGCAACAGGCUGGCGCCCCCAGCUCCAGCUACUGGAGCCCGGCACAAGGCCCCCAGGCUCGGACACCGCCGUUCUCAGAGUGA